GACUGCUAGAAGCAAUCUGGAGUGAGUCGCAGUGUUUUCAAUCAUUCACGAGACGUGAUUACUACUACGGGUAUUUUUCUGAAGCGGAACAUAAACGGGGCUGGCAUUUAACAAACAAGGACUGCAAGCAAAAUGCGUAGGGACAGAUUAUCGAUCAGAAACAGUUCUGCCAUUGGCCGCUUCCCAUCUGGUACACUUGCGCUGGACAAGCCAGUGAAGCCAAAGAAGACAGAAUCGGCAUGCAGCAGAUGGUUCCGCCAGUUCUGCUGUUGCUGCCGCAAAAAAACUGAGGAUAACAUCACGGACACUGUUGUCACAGAUGUCUCUCCAGAUGGAUCAAAAGAAAACCUUGAAAUGAAAGGUAUUUUAUUGGAGGUAUGUUCCAUAGACCUUCUCAAAUCCAAGAAAGGACAGAACCGAGUGGAGCAUCAUACAGACUGCUACCAAAGUGAACAACUUAUCAUCCGCAGAGGCCAGACUUUUCAGAUGUGGAUUGAGUUAUCACGAACUUUUAACCCGAAGACAGACAAACUUCACUUAGAGCUGAGACUAGGUAAUCUCCCAGAUGUAUCAAAACGCACACUUGUGAUUGUUCCUUUGGUUGAGGAACUGCAGGACAAUUGCUGGGAGGCCAAGAUUACUGAACAGAUUGGCAGUAAAAUCAAACUGACUGUGAACUCUCAGUCAACUGCUGCUAUUGGCAAAUACAAACUCACUGUUGCAACACACACCCAGAUGGGCGAGGCCAUGUCACCUUACAACGCUGACAAUGACAUAUACUUGCUGUUCAAUCCCUGGUGUGAAGAUGACACUGUGUACAUGGAUAAUGAGGAAGAGAGGAAAGAGUAUGUUCUGAAUGACAUGGGCAUCAUUUAUUAUGGAACUGAGCUCCAGAUCGGAGACAAACCAUGGAAUUUUGGCCAGUUUGAAAAAUCCGUCCUGGCUGCUUGUCUGUUUUUGCUGGAACAAAGUAGUGUUCCUGCAUCCGGAUGGGGAGAUCCAGUUAAUGUGGUCAGGAUUGUGUCUGCAUUGAUUAACUCCCCUGAUGACAGUGGUGUGUUGACCGGUAAUUGGUCAGGUAAUUAUGAGGAUGGAACAUCACCCACAGUCUGGAGUGGUAGCAGUGACAUCCUUAGACAGUACUAUGAAAGUGGAGGUAUACCAGUUAAAUACGGACAAUGCUGGGUCUUCUCAGGAGUCACCACCUCAGUGUUGAGGUGUCUAGGAAUUCCCACCCGUAGCGUUACAAACUUCAGCUCUGCUCAUGACACUGAUGUUUCCUUGACAACUGAUUUUUAUUUAGAUGAGAACUAUGAACCAAUUGAAGAGCUUAAUCGAGAUUCUAUCUGGAACUUUCAUGUGUGGAAUGACUGUUGGAUGGCCCGUCCAGACCUUCCCGUAGGUAUGGGGGGCUGGCAGGCUGUAGAUGCGACUCCUCAGGAGUCCAGCCAAGGUGUUUUCUGCUGUGGCCCUGCCUCUCUCACAGCUGUCCGGACGGGACAAGUUUUCCUCAAGCAUGACACACCGUUUGUAUUUGCAGAGGUAAACAGUGAUAAAAUCUACUGGCAACGGAAUGCUGAUGGGACCUUCACUCAGGUCAAAGUUGAGAAGAAAGUAGUAGGUCACUUUAUUAGCACUAAAGCUGUGGGCUCUGAUGAACGUGAGGACAUCACACACCUCUACAAACACCCAGAAGAUUCAGAGGAAGAGCGUAUUGCUGUGGAAACGGCUUGUAAAUAUGGCUCCAAGGCAGGAAUCUAUGCUGAACCUAGUGCUGAAGAUGUCACCUUGCAGAUCAGUAUGGAUGGGGAAGAACCUCAACUUGGUUCAGAUGCUACACUGACCAUCACAAUAAAGAACUCAAGCUCAGAACCACGCAGUAUCAAUCUUAACGGCCAGGUGUCAGUAGUGUACUAUACCGGGGUGCAUAAAUCUGCAGUGAAGAAAGACCACAUACCCAUUGAACUUCAGCCCAAUGAAGUUGAACAAGUGGAGUGGAGUUUGCUGUAUGAUCACUAUAAAGACCAACUGGUGGACCAGGCAAUUGUGAUGCUCACUCUCACAGGACGGGUCGCUCAGACGAAACAGGUUCUGGCCACCCAGUUCAGUUUCAGACUGCGCACACCUGACAUUGUCAUUACUCCUGAUGAGAAUGCCGUAGUUGGAAAAGAGUUGAAGGUUACGUUUGUUUUCCGGAACCCACUUUGCCAAAAAUUGAUAAAUGUGAAGUUUCGCAUCGAAGGACUGGGAUUGCAGCGUGUGAGGGAGAUUUCCUAUGGCAAUGUAGAAAGCCUGGCCACAGUGACAUUGAUAGAGAAGUUCAUUCCAGUGGAGGCUGGCCCACAGAAACUUCUGGCUUCACUUGACUGCCAUCAGCUAUCUCAGGUGCAUGGAGUCGCCAGCAUCCUUGUCAAAGCAAUGUGAAAUAUCUCUUGAAGAAAAAGCUUUCUUUACAACCACUGAAGCUGGAGCUUCAGAGGUUGUAAAAUUCAUUUGAAUUGGAAUUGGAGAUCUCAAUGUAUGACAUUGUCUUCUCCAGCCACAAGUGAUUGUUUUACCCAGAUUAAGAGUUAAGGCCUUGAAAAAGCCUUUUUACUCCAAUCACUCAAGAUGAAGCACUACUCAACACUUUUUGAGAUCAAAUACUGCUGGAUUUGACCUUUUUUAUUGAGUUGUUAUAACUACCCGUAUUUGUUUUAAAUAUGAUGUUAAUUUAACAGUGUAUGAUCUAAUAAAUGUUUCAAUUAUUUAUUUUUCUUACAAAAAUAAAACUAAAUGUCAGCUAGAUAUUGUUUUAGAAAUCAUAUUUGUUAAAUGUUUUGAUCCUUUUAUAAUUUUUCACUAAAACAAUCACAAAAUGAAGUUUUAUAACAGCAUAUUUUAUGUGUUUUUCUAGGUUUUAUCGUUUAUUGCAUAUUUAAUCAAUCUAUGGCUCAUUUAACAGCAUGCACUAUUGCACUAACUACUUUAUUCUGCAAUGCAGUUUUAUUUUCUUGAGGGUUCUAGCACUUUCUCUUGUUUGGAAUUGGUAUUAAAUAAUUUAACUGACUGACAUGACUAAAGUGAACAACAAGUACCAGAAACGUUUCUCUUUAUAUAUUAAUGCAUGGAAAUUGUAUUUAUUUUCCCAAGCAGAGUUUAUCAAAGUCAAAUUCAUUCACAGAAAACAUCAAAUCUGCAAAGUGGUUAACUGUUGCUUACCUGCUGUCUGCAGUCUCACCUGAACAGUGCUCAAGUUGAGCGUUUUGUCUUUUGUUUUAACUACAUUUGAGUUAAUUGUCUUUUAGUGUCAUUUUCACAAGUGCAGUUCAAAAACAUAUAGAGAGUAGGAGAGAAAACAUACAUUGACUACACAAUUCCAUUCCACAUGCAGGAGAAAAGAUACAGUUUAUUGAACACCCUAUGACUUUUAGGACAACAUGACAACUAUGUUAUGAAUGUAUAAUAAUUAUAUCUACAGGUUGAAGGUUGAACUUUGUUCUCAGGACAAGGGUAUUUUUCAUUAAGGUCAAGUCAGUGCAAGUUGUGUUUUAAAUGUUAUUUUAAAAUAAUUUACCAAUUGUAAUAUUUGUUGACCAAAAUAAUGGUUUGCUAUAUUUUUGCAUUGCAUUUUUGUGCAGUAUCAUAUAUUUUAUAAGUUGUUUUGUGUUUCACAAUUUAUUUCCCUGUUUAAAUGUAACUGAAAAAGGCAGGUUCCAUUGUGACAACAUACCCCAUAUAGUGUGAUAACAUACCCAGCUAUGGGGAAUGUUGUCACAGAAGGGCUGCUCUUAUUGCACAGAAGCAAAAUGUAAAAUGGACAGAAAUCAAUAAAGGGUCAGCUAAUACA